UGUUUCUUUUUGUUGACAAUUUAAUCAUCAUUUAACUCAAUUGUCUAUUUUUCUUUUAAUUGCUUCAUUAAUCUUGCUAAUUAAUUGAUUGUUUUGUUUUCUAAUUGUCCUGUGUGUGUUUCUGUGAUUGUUCAACUUUGUUUCCUUCCCCCAACUAUUAUGGCCGAUAGAUUAACUCAAAUCCAAGAUGCUGUCAACAUUCAGGCUGAAAAUUUCUGCAAUAGUAUUGGUAUAAUUCAACAAUUUUCCAAGCCAAGUUUUUUCCCUGAUUUCGAGAAAUCCAAGGCAUCGGCUAAUGAAGAUUCAUCUCCCGGUGAAGAUUAUCCCCAAUUAUUUGCUCAAUUAAUUGCAAGAACAGCCAAAGAUAUCGAUGUUCUUAUUGAUUCACUUCCAAGUGAAGAGUCAACACCAGAGCUUCAGGCUUCGCAUUUGAAAAGAUUAGAGGCAGAAAAUCAAGAAGCGGCUCAAAGAUUAGAGGAAACUGUCGCCAAAGGAGAGAAACUAUUGGAACAGAUACAAAAAGCUCUUCAAGAUAUCGCUGAAGCUCAACUUCAAAUGCAAUGUUUCAAGAAUUAUUAAUCAGUGUUACUCUUCAAUUUGUCUAAUUAACACUCAGAUUAAUUGUUAUCAUCAUCAGUGAGAAAGUUACUUAAUUUCCAAACAAAAAAAAAGGUAACUUAUUCAAAGAUAAAUAAUGGAUAAGAAAAUCCAUUCAAUCUAAACGAGCUGGAAAAAGAUUUAAUUGUUAAGCUUCCGAUGAUUAAAAGCGAACUUUUUUUCUUAAUCAAA